AAAUAAAUAAAUAAAUAAAGAAUAAAGAUGGGUUGUUGAAGAAUUUAUAGGUUUAAACUUGACUACUUGUGACAUUUACUAUUGACAUUGCUGUUUCAAUUUAUUGGUAACACAGUAUUCCUGGGCAACGGUAGGCAAGGAUGAUAUAUAAACAAAAAAAUGAGCUUAAAAAUGCCAAUUAUCGUUGUAUUCAAUAUAUAAUUGCUUAAUUUUAUGUGUAAUUAAAUCUGUGCGGUGUAGUGAAAUUAAAAGUUACUAGACAAGUGCUCAAAAAUGGCUUCAGUGAGUGUUCGGGAUCAAAAGAUCGAACAGCAACGUCAAAUAAUGGAGCAGAAGAUGAAACAAAAAAGACAGAAUUCUGGUAUGGUUCAGGCCAAUGAUCUAAGGGUUGGAUCAGCAAAGCGACCUAUAUCUGGAAGCCGAUCCCGCGAACUACAUGGCUAUGAUGGGCCCAUGCAAUUCCUUAUGUCGCCAGUGAAUCCAGACCAAGUCAUACCCCUCCAAACCAAUAGAAUAUCAACCUAUGAUGAGCUCGGCAACCAAAUCGAAGUGUUAACGGUAGGCGAUGGCGACCACAGCGGCGAGGGCGAGGAGGAGGAGGAAUCUGUGCCCGUUUGCAGCUUCGCCCGUGACGUGAGCACAGAUGACGUUUGUGCCGAUGCGGCGGUAGCACCAUUACAGCCUCGCGCUAAACGGGACUCGUCUCCCAGCCAGACCGUAGAAAUUGAGGGUUCCGUAGAAGGAGCCGUAGAGACGUUCGUAGUGACACCAGCGAGACACGGAACCCUGUACAAGUGCAGAAUAGCGCGCGAUAGAAAAGGCAUGGACCGCGGGCUCUACCCGACCUACUUUCUGCACUUGGAAAAGGAUUAUGGGAAGAAAGUGUUUCUUUUAGCUGCUCGCAAACGGAAAAAGUCAGCUACGUCCAACUACCUUAUCUCCACGGACCCAACGGAGCUGACAAGAACCGCCGACAGUUUCGCCGGAAAAUUGCGGUCUAAUCUACUAGGGACUGCCUUCACGGUGUAUGAUAAUGGCAAGGCGUGGCGGAAACAUGAUCGAGCCAACACGAGGCAUGAGCUUGCUGCCGUCGUCUAUGACACCAACGUACUAGGCUUCAAAGGCCCUCGAAAAAUGACCGUCAUACUCCCCGGCAUGACGCCCGACCGUCAGCGCGUCACCAUCGCCCCGGAAGACGACAGCGAAACCCUGCUAGAGCGACUCAAACUCCAAAACCUGGACGAAAUAGUCGUCCUACACAACAAAACGCCAGUCUGGAACGACGAAACACAAUCCUACGUCCUGAAUUUCCACGGCAGAGUCACCCAGGCAAGUGUUAAGAACUUCCAAAUCGUACACGACUCGGAACCAGACUAUGUGGUCAUGCAAUUCGGCCGCAUAUCGGAGGACAUUUUCACUAUGGACUUUAGAUAUCCGUUGUGCGCGUUGCAGGCGUUUGGUAUAGCGCUUAGCUCGUUCGACAGUAAGCUGGCUUGCGAGUGAAUUUGGAGAUUUUUAGAAGUAUUUUACGGCGAAUAGGAUUUGAAUCCAUAGAAUCAGUUAUUUUACAAUCAUGCCGUUUUUUGCCAUUAGUAAUAUGGUUGUAUUUAUGUUAUACUUAGUUUACAUUUCACUAUGAAUUUGUAUUAUAGGUCAUACUUUACAUUUACACGAAUUUAGGCUUUAGUGUCUAACCGAAUAGUAAAAAAUCGUCUAAAGCUGAAUGCCUUAUUUGGCAACAUUAAAAAACUGUUUCCACGUUUAAAUAUUCUGGUAACUAAACGUAUUUAACAGUUGAAAAUAAUAACACUUUUAAAAGUGAGUAGAUGUUUACCUGAUUAACGCACAUGUAGUUUCGGUACUUCGUGAUAUAGUCACGAAGAAACACGUAUUGUGUGCAUCAAUUGAAACGAAAUAGAUGCCUUGACAGCACAUCACACUCUGUAUAAUUUUGGGCUGUAUUCACUUUCAACAUAUCACAAAAAAUACGGCUAGAAACAAAGUAGCGGGUUAUGUUCCGACAUAACCGGAAUAACCAAAAAUUAUAAGGGGUUAUUAUAACCAUUUGUUGUAUAAGUUUGCAAACAAAGAAUUAUCUUCUAAAAAUAUACCGAAUAGACAAGAGAUUAUACUUUUCGAUUUUCUCGUACAAAUCAUAAUUAUGUAUGAUUAUUUGUUUAUCCAAAAAGCAAGUCACAAAUUAUCUUAUUGAAUAUUAUUAAUUCUUUAUUUACAUCUAGUUUGGAUCCAUGUUCCGGCAUAAAUUAAAUUCUAAUUAAUUACACUGUAGGUAUUGGUAUUUUUUAUUGACCUAUAAUAAAUAAUUAGAGUUCAAUACCUACUAACGUGGAUCCGCAUUCCGGCAUAUACGGCCAAUUAUAUGCACACGUUGCAACCGGCCCGAGCUAGAUUUGUUUUCCGUUUCACGAAAUAUCAGCACAUCGUUAACAAUAUUUGAAAUGCGAAAAAAUAGUUCAAGUGCAAUAAUAUUAAACUGUCACAUAUUGUUAAAGAUGUUCUGGUAUUUCGUGUAACGGACAACAACUCUAGCUCGGGCCCGUUGCAACGUGUGGAUCUAACUGGCCCUUAUGAAAGGUUACACUUUCGUUUAUUGUUUUGAAAGAUAUUUUCAAAUUAAGGCUAUCCAAAAUAUUGCUAAUUUUUAGCUGGCAGGCCAUUGUAAGAUACAGUGGCGGAUUAACCGAACAGCAGAAAAAGCAUAUGCUAAGGGCCCCGCGCCUAGGGGGGGCCCCACGCUCCGACCCUGACCAUGCGAUUUCGGCACACGGAACCGGCCAAGUUCAAGUAGAACUCGCACUCCACGGAUCCUGUACUACCACAUUUUAUUUACAAUGUAUUUUUUUUAGUAUGUCAGUAACAAUCAAUCGAUCAAUUCCUGUCUGUAUUUAUUUAUGACGAUACCAAAUUUAAAGAAUUUUUAGGCUUACGCAAAGACCAAGAACAGAGUUUAGCAUUAAACCGAAGGUGCAGUGUCUCAAAACUUUUAUGCAUGGCUGCAGGAAACAGAGCUCGGAAACGAACAAAAGAAGAUACUGUGUUUAAAAAGAUAUUAGUGAAAAGCAGGGAGGGAUGAUUUAUUUAUUAGUUAUUAUUUCAAAUAACAAAUUGCACCUUACAGCUAAUGCCUAAUAUGAUCAACUUUGAGCCCGUACUUAGUAGGCCAAAGGACGCGCUCCUCUACGGCAUGCCGGGCGCCCAAAAUAUGCAGAGUUGCUGCAAAGCCCUGAUACAUAUGAUCUAGUUGUCAAAAUGUUAUAAAAAGAAAACAGCGGGGCCCCUAUGCAGGGCUUUGCAUUCGCAUAGGCCGGAUGUAAAGUCCUACAUAGGGCCCGAUACCCAAAGCAUACCAGCAAGUCGCACUUUCGAGCAAGAAGUAAGGCCGAGCAUCAGGCGAGCCGAGACCACAUGGUUCAAUUCCAAACUCUGUUCUCCUACAAUUCAGUCAAUUUCAGCCUUUGCAUGGUGGCGCGCCGCGAUAGAACGCUCUGGGCCUCCGCCCUUAUACGGAGCUCGGCCUACGGCCUCGUUCACACUAUGGCAUUGGUUUCAUUCUAGGCUCUGCUUUCCUGCAGCUUGGCCUUCAGCUUCGCACGGGAACGCUACGAAAUCGGGUGGUCCGGAUAUUCAGCUAGUGGGGCUCAGCCUUUGGGCUUGUUUUUUGGCUCACUUAGCCAUUAGUUCCCACUUCUUAGGUCCGACUCACUUUUCACCUAUUUUUACAAGCUUUUAUUAAACUGAUGUUGUUGAACAGUAUCCCUACAUACUUUUAUUUAACUUGCAAUACUUGUAAGUUGUUUUCAAAAUCUGCAAACUAUUUUUUUUUUCAUUUGUCAAAAUUUGCCAAAAUUGACCACAUCUGAUCAUGAACACCGAAGGUAAGGAGGAAACCUAUAUAUAAGAAAGGAACUGUGAUAAAAUAACACAACUUCAUCAAAAUUAGGCUCUUUUAAAAUGGCUAAAUAAAAAAUAUAUAUAAUAAAUAAAUCGGAAUUUCUUAAAAUAAAUAAAUAAGGAAAAUAAUUCGGAUUUUAAAUGACGUCAUAUUCCUAUAGUUCGUGUCAUCCACAUAGACGCGCCCCGCUCUUCUUCCUAAUCGCUUAUAGUACAAAUCUGCCACUUUCUGGCAAUGUAGUAGUUAUGUCUACUAAUUAAUGUGUGUAGACAGAGUACUAUACUAGUAAAAGGGUGCACCCCACACUUGUAGGUACUAUAGGCGAUUGGGAGGAGGAGUGGGGCGCGUCUUCGUAGAUGACACGAACUACAGACAAAAAAAACAUCUCUUGUGUUAUUUAUUAUUAUUACUAUUCAGUCAAAAAAGGCCAAACGGGGUCUAUUAGUAAGUAUUUUUUACAUUACAUUACAAGCAUAAGGGAGUAACCUUUGCAGCGCUUUGUACGUCUUUUUAGUAAGAAGAGAAGAUUUUUGCAAUAACCCAAAAGCGACUACACCGAUCAUUUUCGGUAUAGUUUUUAUUAAAAGUAUUUAUUUAUUAAGCUUUUAUUUGACGAUUUUUUUCAUAUUUUUACGGUUAAUUAAAAAAAGGUUUUUGGUGACCGUUAUUCGUUUUGAAAGACCUUAUCCAACCAUAAGCCACACUAUCAUCAAAGCAAAAAAAAAAACAAAUUAAACGCAUUUUGUUUGGGAGUAGGGUACACCCAAUUUUUUUUCAUAGUUUUUAUUUUACUCGUUCUGUCGCAAUGCAUGAUUUAUGUAUCCAUGCCAAAUGACAGCUAUCUAGCACUUAAUAUAACGGAGCAAACCCUCUGACAGACGGACAUGGCGAAACUACUUAUAUAAGAGUUUCUAGGACUACGAAACCCUAAAAAAUACACUGCAUAACAUGUUAAAAAUUAAACGAGAACGAGUCGAAAAAAAUUAAGACAUCGUAAAAAUUUUGUGAUGGUACUGAACCCUAGGGAUGCGAGUCCGACUCGCACUUAAUCUUUUUUUUUCAAACCAGGGGGCCCCGCGACCUAUUGUGCUAAGGGCCCCGCGCCUUCUUAAUCCGCCCCUGGUAAGAUAUGCAUUUUAUUUCAAGUCAGAAUUAUUACUUUUACAUUAUAUCCUAUAAAUUACAAUAAAUGGCGUGGUAAACAAAUUUUGAACAUUAUAUAAUUUAUUUUUAUUGUUUUCGUGUCACUUUAUGAAAUCAUGACAAAUUUGUGCUCCUAGUCAUUUAAAAUAGUUUUAAUUAGUUAUAGUUAGUUAAUUAGAAUUAGUUUUUUUAUAAUUAUUGAGAAUUGCAUUUAAAUAUCACAUCACCAAAUUUUUACAUGUAUAGUUAAAUGUAAAAAUGUAACAUACAAUUUUAAUAUUUAUUUAACAGCCUUGUGACGACGGCUAAGAAGUAUAUUUUUACACUUAACUGUACUGUUAUGUGAUAAUGGGUUAUAUCAUAUCACGGAUAAACGCACAAUUUUUUGUGUUAUUGGUUUAGUUUUAUUUUAUAUCUUAAGAUUCUUCACCAUACUACUUGUCUGCACCCUUACAGUAUUCAAUUAUUUUUAUUUUGAUGCAUUUUAGUGUAAACUAAAAUAGGUAUAAUUAUUUUACAAAAUCUUGUAAUACGUCGUUAGUCUCAAAUUAUUAUAAUUAUAACUAAAAGUAUUAUUUUAAAAGUAUUGGUAUAGCUUACACGAGAAAUUGUCACCGCAGUCCUGAAUGAGUAGAAACUAAAUUGGAUAUUAUUUUAAUCAUCUACCAGAACUGAGCAAAGUAGCGAAAAAGUGCACUAAUAAAAUCCACCAAUAAAAAAGAGAAAUGCGCGCAACCCACCAAUGGGGAGGCGUCCUAGCAACCUCGCAUAGCUCCGUUGAAUGCUUAAUCUUAAAAUUCACAUUACCUAUAUAGCUAUAGAGGUGGAUUGUCAAAGUAAACUUGGUAGCCACAGUAAAUUUACUUCCAUCUUUCGACACACGAUUAAAACUUUUAGAACGCCAGUUGACUUUGAUCUUAUCCUUUCACUGAUAUGUGUUAAACUUGUUAAAUAUCAAAAAGUGGCGCCGUCUACUCGAGCAUAGGUCAUAAGUAUGGCGCCAUCGGUCGAAAUGAUACCACCUCUAUAUCAAAUUCUCUUUGCCUAUAGUAAAAGUACUAAAUACUACAUAUUACUUUGUCGGGGAUAUAGUGUACCGAUCAUCCCACAAGUAUAAAUACCCUUAAAAUGUUCACAUACGCUAUCGAACAGUCAGCAACAGAACAACAACAACAGCAAGUUUACUUAUAUAAUGUUAACCGUUUUCCAGGCAUAGUAUGAUUUCAACUUUACCAUUCCGAUUCAAGGUUCAAAAUGCACUUUCGGGAAAUGUAUGUUGUUUUAUUGGGAAAACCUAAAACUUCUAAGACGCAAACGGUUUUAACCUUUAAACUUUUAAUACGCGCGAUAGCAAAUCUUAUCAGAAUGCACGAAGGUUCAUUUUUAUUUUAAACUUGUUAAAAAGCGUUAACAUUGACCACUUCGUCCAUGUAGUUAAGUCUCUUGCUGGAUGAACUUUUU